AUGUGCAUCUCAGUCCUUGCCACCAAUCGCCUCUCCGCUAUCAUCUUCCCAAAUCGACAUCAUCAUAUCUGGAGUACCCAACGUCUUCGAAUAGCAUACGCGAUUCAAUUCCUACCGGGAAUGAUGGCUGGUAUGGCAACGCUAUUCGAUAAAACUCAACUUUAUAGGAAUUCAAAAAAUGGAGUGAUUCCAAAGUUUAGGAAAAAUCAAAUCAAAAAGAAGGAGAUGAAAUUAUUCAUUAUGAGUAGUAUUACAGUCGCAAUCCAAAUAGCUGCUUUAUGCCUAUUCGUGUCAUAUGCCACAUCGAUUCUUGUCAUUUCAUUGGACAAGUUUUAUCUUUUGUAUAAUGCGAUCAGUGAUCUCUACGCUGGCAUCAAUCCAUAUCUUCUAUGGAUAUUCUCAGAUUCUCUCCGAAAAUAUAUAUUGAUUCGAAUUGGAUUCAGAAAGAAGAAAAAGGGGCCAAGUUCUUCUGUUCUCACUGUGGUUGUGCAUUGA